CCUGACAUAGGUAGGACUAUACCUAGGACUAUGAUGGUGACUGCCCAUCGAAUGACGCGGCGCCGCUUCUAUGGCUACUCGAUAAGGGCCAACGCCUGUGCAAUGCACCGUCGUUUGGUGUUUACGCGCGCCUCCGCGGGGGUGGUCUCUACCUGCGCGCUUGAUUCCGGCGCGGCUCGCGCGCUCGACUCCGGUGUGACUCGCGCGCUUUGCCUUGGCGUGAGCAUCCUUGGUGCGCGCCUCCACGGGGGUGGUCUCUACCUGCGCACAUGAUUCCGGCGCAACUCGCGCGCUCGACUACGGUGUGACUCGCGCGCUUUGCCUUGGCGUGAGCAUCCUUGGUGCUUCCUCGGUGGGGUGAGAUCCGAGUCACAUGCCCAACAGAGAUGGUUAGAGAUACUGUAUCAAUUUCUUUAUAUGGUACCCACCCAAAACUUAAAUAGAUUGGUAUUGGAUAACCAUUAUCCACCGCCAACAAUCCGACCUAUUGUCAAUCCUAGUCAAAAUUGGAAGAUCUACAAACUCACCUUGCUUCCUCGACAUUAUAAGUUGGGUCAUAAAACACUUCACACUUUCCUUGUCGUGAAUGCACAAUUAACCAUGUCAUGUAACCCAGUAAGCAUACUAAACAAUAAAUAGUGGCACCAUUCUUUCCACUGGCUUCUGUCACCAUGUUACGCAACUGCGGUGACCCAUGAUAAACCUCACAAUUCACACCACAAUUGUAGCAUUUCUCGUCUAUGUGCUUCUUCUCCAUUUAUGAUGAAUGAGACCCUUUGGAAAUGGACUGGGCCUCAUGGGCUAACAGACAAUGCUGCAAAGUCCAAUUUCUCAUGGAGCAUAUGAUAGUGAACGAACUCACGGUGGUGUGUUUCCUCCUCCUCUUCUUGUGUGAGCAACACAAUUUGUAUUUUCUAACUACUCAUUCAUACAAAAGUAGGUAGACCUCGCAAAUUAACCCACCAAGGUCAAUCAAGUUAAAGAAACCGAAACCUCUCUCAACUUACCUAUAAAUUACAACGCGAGACAACGAUGUUGUUGGCCAAAUACGUUCACCUGCGAUGUUGUUGUCACAUUAAUAUGAUUCGAUUAAAAAUAUCAGAAUCAUCACUUUUAAAACUAUUAUUCUCUCUUUAUAUUGUGCUUUAAUCUUUACUAUUCUCAUGUACUAUUGCAUUGUUGUCAAGUGAAUGUAACUUUGAUAUCUACAUCCAGUGCUAAUCUUGCUUCCUUUGAACUAUACACGUAAUUCCGACACAUCCAUGGCCUGUCCUCACAUCUCCGGCGUGGCGGUCGCCAAUGCCAUCUUUCAACCCCUCCAGCGUACGUGAAAUCGGCCAUGAUGACAACAGGUGAUUAGUUCUCAAAUAGUGAUAGUACCAUUGACUUUUUUAAUUUGCUUAAUUUAAGUUUGAUCCUAACUAGUCUUCUCUCUUGUUUCUAUGAUCAGCUCUUGCAACCAACAAUGUGCGGGCCCUCAUCACCAUAAAGUUGGCUAGCCCCUACGACAUGAGGCUGACUCCAAUGCAGCCUGCAUUUAUGGAGUUCUCGCUAUUAAUGGCGAUUUUGGAGCUCCAACGCAGAGCCGAAAAAUGGCGAAGAUCGGCAUUUAUGGAGGGCAUCAGCAUCUGGGUCGCUAAAUAUGGGGGAGGGAAUGCCGAAGUCGGCAUUUAUAGGGAAUGGAAGAAUUGUUGGCACGCGCAAGGGAGAGCAUGAAAGGUGUAAUUAAUGGUAGGAAAGGUGUAAUUAAUUGCUUGCUAAUUAAUGUGAUUAAUUAAUGGAAGAAAGGAAAUGUGUAAUUAAUUGCUGGAUGACACAACAACGUGGUCAAUCAUUAAUUAAGGGAAUGUCAAUUC